AUGAAAGUCCAAGACACCAUUGCGAUUUGCCCGACAGUGGUGUCACAGAAGGUAGCCUUGGCAGCUCUGGGAGCUGGCCGCGAGUGGGUGCAGGAGCGCGUUCGUGGCCUUAAAGAGAACAAGCGGUUGGUGAUCCAAGCCCUGACUGAGACACUGGGCCCUGGCAGCGUUGCGGGGGGUUCCGGCGCCAUCUAUCUCAUGGCCAAGCUGCCGAAGGGCUUUGAGAACGACACGCAGGUAGUGGAAUGGCUCAGCGAGAAGCAUCGCGUUUGCGCCAUUCCUGGAUCCGCCUGUGGCGCUCCGGGCGAGAUUCGAGUGUGCUACGCCAACCUGGCUCCUGCAAAGUGCGAGGAGGCAGCAAGGCGGCUGAAGGCGGGCCUCAGCGAACUCCGCGAGAAGGGGCCAGCAAUUUUCCAGUGA